GCUAAAAACGCUGAUUUUCUCAAUGGAGUUUGGUGUGGGAGAGUAAAUGGUUUACAAACGUAAGGUUCCAGUCAGACAAAGCUGUCUAGCAUUGAAAUAAAGUGGCACACAUAUUCUUUAAGGGUGUCGGAGAUGUAAUAUGCUGUUGAUUUUAUCAGCUGAGCCUUUUGUUAAGGUUUUUUUUGUAUGAUUUGUUGAUGGUGGGGGAUUAAUUUCUGUUUUGAAUGGACAGUGUUCCACAUUUAAAAGUAAUUCAUUAGUUUGGGAUGAGGGUUUGCUUCUGGUUUGACUGUGUGUGUGUGUGUGGAGGGGCUCCUGGAUCCUGCAUCCCUUCAUUCCUGCGGCCCCUACAGUGCUUUGAAACGCCUCUGAGUGACAGCACUGAAGUCCUGGAUGUCAUGUCCAGCUGACGCAGACAGGAGCUCUGAGGAGGAACAAGAGGAGGUGAGGACACACAGACUUACUCAGGCAGGACACUGAGACGAGGACGGAGACGGCAGCGUCACUGCAGCAGCAGCAGCAGUAGAGACACUCGCCAUGAGCGUGGACGAGGACGCUCGCUGGCUCGACUGGGUCACCAAACAGUUUGAGAGCAUCGCGGGGGAUGACAAAGAAAUCAGCCUGGAUGAGUUUAAAACUGCCCUGAAGGUCAAAGAGUCCUUCUUUGCAGAGCGUUUCUUCGCUCUCUUUGACUCGGAUGGCAGCAGCUCCAUCAGUCUGGACGAGCUGCUGGAAGCUCUGGACCUCCUCAUCCACGGUGACGAGACGGACAAACUCAAGUUCCUGUUUCAGGUGUACGACGUGGACGGCAGCGGCUCUAUCGAUCCAGAUGAACUCAGAACGGUUCUGAAGUCCUGUCUGCGUGAGAGCGCCAUCUCUCUGCCGGAUGAGAAGCUGGAUGACCUGACGUUGGCGCUGUUCGAGUCGGCUGAUAAAGACAACAGCGGCGCCAUCACCUUCGAGGAGCUGAAAGCGGAGCUGGAGGCGUUCCCAGAGGUGAUGGAGAACCUCACCAUCAGUGCUGCUAACUGGUUGAAGCCUCCCGACGUGGAACAGAAGAAGCAUCACACUCCGCGGUACCUGACCCGGGUGUACUGGCAGAACAACAGUCGGAAGCUGCUGUUCCUCUGCAUGUACACUUGCAUCAAUAUGCUGCUCUUCAUCUUAGCCAUGCUUCAGCACAACUACGGGGGGGCGUGGUUCAUGGUGGCCAAGGGCUGCGGACAGUGUCUCAACUUCAACUGCACCUUCGUCAUGGUGCUGAUGCUGCGUCGCUGUUUGACGUGGCUCAGGGCAACAUGGGUGGUGAGGGUCUUACCUCUGGACCAGAACAUCUUGCUGCAUCAGAUCGUUGGUUACGCCAUCCUCUCCUACACACUGGUGCACACCACCGCUCACAUCUUCAACUUUGCCCGGCUGGCGGAGAACAGCGACUACAGCUUGUGGGAGUAUCUGCUCACCACUCGACCAGGGAUCGGCUGGGUGAAGGGAACAGCCUCGGUGACUGGAGUCAUUCUGCAGGUCCUCAUCUGCUUCAUGGUGCUCUGCUCCAGCACGUUUGUACGACGGAGUGGACACUUUGAGGUGUUUUACUGGUCUCAUCUGUCCUAUGUGUGGGUGUGGUCUCUGCUUGUGGUGCAUUGUGCAAACUUCUGGAAGUGGUUCCUGGUUCCGGGUCUGGUUUUCCUGCUAGAGAAAAUUGUGGGAAUUGCAGUCUCUCGAAUGGGUGGUCUCUACAUUGUGGAGGUCAACCUGCUGCCAUCCAAGGUGACUCACCUGGUGAUCAAACGUCCUCAGUUUUUUCAUUUCAAACCAGGAGACUACGUCUACAUCAACAUCCCUGUGAUCGCCAAGUACGAGUGGCACCCGUUCACCAUCAGCAGCGCUCCGGAGCAGACAGAUACAAUGUGGCUGCACAUCCGCUCCAUGGGUCAGUGGACCAACCGACUCUACGAGUACUUCAGACAAGCGGAGAGUCACGGCGUCAGUACUAAGAUACUGGCCACCAGCCUGAGGAACCACAGGCAGCUGCUGAAAGCACAGGAGGAGCUGUUCAGCUCCACAGACUGUGACCAAGCUGUGGCGUCCAACGAGGACGACGCCAUCGAGCUGACCAUGUACCGGCAGAACGGCUCGCAGUGCAGCGCUGCCCCGCCAUCGCUCUGUGGAGGUCAGGGGUCGGUGGAGCCUCUUCCAGACGAGCUGGGUCCGGCGGAGCGAGGAGAAGCUCCGCCCCUCAAGGAGGUUCCCGCCAAAUUUGGAGAAAACCACAGGUUCUGUUACAUCAAGUGUUAUGUAGACGGACCGUACGGGACCCCGACCAGGCAGAUCUUCACCUCUGAGCACGCCGUCCUGAUCGGCGCCGGUAUCGGGAUCACGCCCUUCGCUUCCAUCCUGCAGAGCAUCAUGUACCGGUACCGCCGCAGGAAGCAGAACUGUCCCAACUGUAACUACUCGUGGUGUGAGAACAUCAAAGACAACAGCGACAUGAAGCUGCGCAAAGUCGACUUCAUCUGGAUCAACAGAGACCAGAAGUCGUUUGAAUGGUUCGUCAGUUUACUCACCAAACUAGAGAUGGACCAGGCCGACGAGGAGCCGGAGGGUCGCUUCCUGGAGAUGCACAUGUAUAUGACAUCAGCGCUCAGUAAGAACGACAUGAAGGCCAUCGGCCUGCAGAUGGCGCUUGACCUCCUGGCCAAGAAGGAGAAGAGAGACUCGAUUACUGGACUCAGGACCAGAACCCAACCUGGACGGCCUGAGUGGGGGAAGGUGUUUCAGAAAGUGUCAGAGGAGAAUAAGGGGAAGGUUCAUGUGUUUUACUGCGGCGCUCCAGCUCUGGCUAAAGUCAUCAAGGCUCAGUGUGAACACUUCAGCUUCAACUUCUACAAGGAGAACUUCUGACCAUGUGUGUGUUACCUGUUAUCUCUUAUAUGCACCGCUGAGGUUUUACAUCAUAAACCUGUGUAAGGCCACGUGUUUGUCUUUUGUCAUGAAUAAAAUAAAACCACGCGCCUCGUACAAAGCUAUCGAGGAGAGCUGAUAGUUCCUGAGACAACCAGCGGGAAAGACGCAAUGACAAGACAGGUUUAGUCACUUAAAGAAUGUUUUAAUCUAUGCCUUCUACAAUAUCUGAACUCAAUCUCCCCCUGCACCAAACCUCAUCAGCCCGACAGCACACAGGAGUCGUUGAUCCACUG